UUUUGUUUUCCAGUUUUCUUUUUUUGUUGCCGGUGAAGAAAAAAAAUAAACUUAAAAAUUAUUAUAAUUAUAAUUAUAAUUAUUCUUUUUCUUUGAUUGGAAAAUAUAUUUUUAACACGAAUAGUUUAGUAGAGAGCAUUUUGGAAAAUUGUGCAAAUUUUUCGAUAAAAAUUACAAAAAUGUUACCACUUUCGUUGUUGAGAACAGCUCAAAAUCAUCCAAUGCUUGUGGAGUUAAAAAAUGGUGAAACAUAUAAUGGACAUUUAGUCAGUUGUGAUAAUUGGAUGAAUAUCAAUCUCAGAGAAGUUAUUUGCACAUCGAGAGAUGGUGAUAAAUUUUGGAGAAUGCCAGAAUGUUAUAUUCGUGGUAGCACUAUAAAGUAUCUUCGAAUUCCCGAUGAAGUUAUUGAUAUGGUGAAGGAAGAUAUUCAAAUGAAAAAUCGAGGACGCGGAGACAUGAAAGGACGAGGUUCUAAUCAAAGAACGGGUAAUCGCGGCACUGGAAGAGGUUCCUUUGGAGGAAGAGGCAGACCACCACCUUUAGGUCGAGGAACAAUUCUACAAACAAAUAAACACAAUAAAAAUAAAUAAAUUCAAUUUAGUACUUUUUUUCCACUUAUUAUUAUAAAGUUUCUAAGUAUUAAUUUUUCAUCUAAUUAUGUAUAUUUUUUUUCUAUAUAAGCAUAGUUUAUGCUUAAAAAAUUGUAUUAUCAAUUUAACAUGAUUUGUAUUGAAAAAAAAAUUACAAAUUCUUUAUGAAAUAAAUUA